AUGUUAUUAUCAAUCUUAACUUUGUCUGCCACAAUCUUCUUAAUAAUCAUCAUCAUCAUCAGAUCAUCAACUACAAUAAGAAGAAGCAGACUUCCUUUGGGAAACCUGGGAUGGCCAUUCAUAGGAGAAACCAUACAUUUCAUCUCCUCCGCUUACUCCGACCACCCUGAAUCCUUCAUGGAAAAACGCCGCCUUCUGUAUGGGAAUGUGUUCAUGUCACAUUUAUUUGGAACUAGGACAAUAGUUUCAACAGAUGCAGAAGUGAACAAAGUUGUGUUACAAAGUGAACACAAGGCAUUCGUUCCUUUUUACCCAAAAUCACUUACUGAGCUCAUGGGAAAUUCAUCCAUUCUCCUCAUCAAUGGAACCUUGCACAGAAGAAUCCACGGUCUCAUCGGUUCUUUCUUCAAGUCCUCCAAUGUUAGAGCUCAGAUUACCACCCACAUGGAGAAGUUGAUUAAACAAUCCAUCAGCACUUGGUCUGAUGGCCAACUUCUAUACAUCCAAGACCAAGCCAAACAAAUUACUUUCCAAGUGCUUGUGAGGACUUUAAUAGGUUUGGAUCCAGGUGAAGAAAUGGAGUUUCUAAGGAAACAAUUUCAAGAAUUCAUAGCUGGUCUCAUGUCUUUGCCUGUUAAAUUCCCUGGAAGCAGGCUUUAUAAGUCUUUAAAGGCUAAGAAGAAAAUGGUGGAGAUGUUGCAUGAAAUAAUCAAAGUGAAGAGGAGUAGGAGAAAAGAAGAAGUUGUUGUUCCUGGAGACAUAAUGGAUGUUUUUCUUAGCGACCAAUUAUUAAUAUCGGACGAGAUGAUAGCAGAUAACAUGAUUGAUUUCAUGAUUCCAGGCGAGGAUUCUGUGCCACUUCUUAUUACCCUCGCAAUUAAGUACCUUUCUGAUUGUCCAACUGCUCUUCAACAAUUAAAGGAAGAGAACAUGAAAUUAAAGAGAAGCAAAGAAGAGGCUGGAGAGCCACUAUGUUGGACUGAUUACUUAUCCCUUAGAUUCACUCAAAUGGUGAUUUGUGAGACUCUUAGGAUGGGAAAUAUCAUAGUUGGAGUGAUGAGGAAAGCGACUAGAGAUGUCGAGAUAAAAGGGUAUUUGAUCCCUAAAGGAUGUUGCGUUUUCACAUACUUUAGAUCAGUUCAUCUUGAUCAUACCCAUUAUCACUCACCUUACAGAUUUAAUCCUUGGAGGUGGCAAGAUCAUAAAGACAUUUCUAAUGCAAAUAUUAGCUUUACUCCCUUUGGUGCUGGCCAAAGACUCUGUCCUGGCCUUGAUUUGGCCAGGCUGGAAACUUCCAUUUUUCUCUAUCAUUUUGUCACUCAAUUUAGGUGGGUGGCAGAGGCUGACUCCAUUGUGAACUUCCCUACAGUGAGGAUGAAGAGAAGAAUGCCAGUUCUGGUCACAAGAAGAGACCCAGCCCAAGACCUAGACAAAUAA